GCGGCGGCGUGACAAUGAGGCGACGCUGCUGCUGCUGCUGCUGCUGGCGUCGCCGAGGCCUUCUAUAGCCGGGCUCGGGCCCAGCCCAGGCGGCGGCGGCGGCGGCUCUCCCGCUCGGCCAUGGGGAACACCGUCACCUGCUGCGUCUCUCCCGGCGCCAGCCCCAAGCUCGGCCGGGUCCGCGGCUCGGCGCUGAGGGCGGCGUCCGCCGGAGGGGGCGGGAGCGGGGCGGCGGCGGCGGCGGCCGUGGGGCUCGAGCGGAGGGCGGGCAACUACCGGGAGGUCACUGAGGCCGAGUCGGGGGACUCGGAUCCCGGCGGGGGCGGCCCCCACCUGCAGCACAUCAGCGACCGCGAGUUCCCGGAUGAUUUAGCAUUGGAGUCAAAUCCAUCUGACCAUCCUAGAGCAAGCACAAUUUUCUUGAGCAAAUCCCAAACAGAUGUGAGAGAGAAGAGGAAAAGCAACCACAUCAACCAUGUUUCUCCAGGGCAGCUUACAAAAAAGUAUAGUUCAUGUUCAACAAUAUUUAUUGAUGACAGCACAGUAAGCCAGCCUAAUCUUAGGAGCACAAUAAAAUGUGUUACAUUAGCAAUAUACUAUCACAUAAAGAACAGGGAUUCUGAUAGAUCACUGGAUAUUUUUGAUGAGAAAUCACAUCCACUCACGCGUGAAGAGGUUCCAGAUGACUACUUUAAACAUGACCCUGAUCACAAGCACAUCUAUCGCUUUGUACGUACCCUGUUUAGUGCAGCGCAGCUGACGGCUGAAUGUGCAAUAGUGACACUGGUUUACUUGGAAAGGCUCUUAACCUAUGCAGAGAUUGACAUUUGCCCAAGUAACUGGAAGAGAAUAGUUCUAGGUGCUAUUCUGCUAGCUUCUAAGGUGUGGGAUGAUCAGGCCGUGUGGAAUGUGGAUUACUGCCAAAUACUGAAGGAUAUUACAGUUGAAGACAUGAAUGAAAUGGAAAGACACUUCUUGGAGCUACUGCAGUUCAAUAUCAAUGUUCCUGCCAGUGUUUACGCCAAAUACUACUUUGACCUUCGCUCCUUAGCAGAUGACAACAACCUGAACUUUCUGCUGGAGCCCCUUAGUAAAGAGCGAGCACAGAAACUAGAGGCUAUCUCCAGGCUGUGUGAGGACAAAUACAAAGAUUUGUCAAAAGCUGCUAUGAGACGAUCAUUCAGUGCUGAUAACUUAGUUGGGAUCCGCCGUACUAACGCCAUCCUCUCUUGAGCAAGAUGGAAAGCUGCGAUCUUGUGGCGCCAGGAUUCCUGUCGGCCGGGGAUACCACCUCCACUCCAAGCUCACAAGUCAAUGGCGAUGGCGUCUUCCAGCCAGCGGACGGGGUGAGCACAGCAAGCCAAGGGAGCCCAGAGCCAGAGGAGCAUGAUUCCAGGCGGAGGGGGGGAGAGAUGGAACCUCUUUCAAAUGGGCACACUCCAUUAAAAACCAAGAGGUUCAAAAACUUUUGAGUCUUCCCCCCUUUUCUCCUCACUGACCCUCACCCCCCCAAAAAAAACCCCCACAGAUGUUUGCUUACUGUGUAGGCCUAUAGCUGUGAACUAUGUGAGUUUUUAAUAAUGACUAGUUUUACAUUUUAGAAUUUGAACAUUAACACGACAGUAGUCGCGACGUUCUUCCCCCUCUCAGUCAUCCAGGACCAGACUGCAGUUGCCUUUCAGUGCAGUGUUAAAUGCUAACACAGUAUAAAACCAGUCUGGGACUAAUGCUACGGCAUUGACCAGUGAAGGGUUCUUCCCUCCCUCCCCUCACCACACAUUUACUAGCAAGACUCUUGAUUCCUACACUGGAGUUCAGUCAAAAGACCAAGGAGCUGCUGAGCAGCAAGCUGUGCUAACUCUUUAAAUGCAAAACCCGCCACUUGAGAUGGUCAAGGGACUGGAAACCUUUGGGGACAGGAGCAGAGAAAUGGUCUUCUGUGUUCACUGAUUUGAAAGCCAGUUGGUCAGGGUCCAUUUCUUGUCAACUAUGGUGCUCUCACGUUCUUAUACUUCUAGUUGAGCCCUGGGAGAGACACAGUCUGCAUAAUACACUUUCUUUUGCCUGAAGCGCUGAAUAGAGCUGCAUUGAAAGCUUAGCCUGAACAAAUGUACUGACUUGGCGAUGAACAGACAAUAAGGCUGCUCUGCUAAACUCUUCCACUACAAACAAUGGAUAUGGAGCAAGGUUUGCUUUUGUCCCGUGCUGCCAAAAAGCUUUAAAUUCACAAUGGAGAACUAUUUUGAAGGUGCUGGACGUGUUGAUGAGGGAGGUAUGAUGAUCUUCAGUUCAUAUCAUUACUCUUUUGAAAACACUUUUUUCCCUUUUAAAACCUAGUAUAUAAUGUUCCUUGCUCUGGAAGUGAACUUCUAAACAUUGGCUUUUUGUGUAAAUUAAUUUUGCUUGUCCAGAAUGGGAAUUUGGGGUGAAUCAAGUUUUCUGCUCCUAAAAGUAGGAAGCAACCUGGAUUACAAACCUUCACCACUCCAAGUCAAAUGAUCUAAACAGUUGAUACAUUGAAAGCAGUCCCUAUUGCAAUCUGGUACCUUUUGCUAUUACUUCAUAUCCAGCCCAACUUGCUUCUUGAAUUGUCAGUGGCACUUGGACUGUUAGGCCCCAUCUGCAUUUAAAGCAGUAUCAUACCACUUUAAACUGCCAUUUCCCCCAAAGAAUUCUGGGAAAUGUGGUUUGUUAAGGGUGCUGAGAUUCCUUAGUAGACCCCUUUUCUCCCUACAGAGCUACAAUUCUCAGAGUGGUUUAGCAGUCACUCCCUCUUUCCAGGGACCUCUGGGAAUUGUAGCUCCUUGAAGAGAAUGAGGGUCUUCUAACAACAUUCAGCACCUUAAGAAACUACGGCUCUCAGCAUCCUUCGGGGGAUGCCAUGACUGUUUAAAGUGGUAGGAAACUGUUUUAAAUGCAAAGUGCAGAUGGAGCCAAAGUCUCAUGCUGUAUUUUAACCUACCAGCUCUAGGCAGGCAUUCUACAGAGUCUGUGAUUUCAGGUAUUAAUCACAAUUCAGUUUUGAAACAAAUGCUACAUCUUCAGGUGGCUUUCCUUUCUCAUGUUUGUAUUAAAAGAGAAGCUAAUAAUAAACUCUAUUUUAAUUAA